AGCCCCUCCUCCCCUCUACUCUCUCUCGACAGGCUGCUGCUGCUUUGUCGGGCUAGGAGGAAGACUAUCCUUUUUACAGUGAGCCUUUCAAAUGAUCCGAAGGGAAGGGAAGAGACUAAAUAAAGGGGGAGAGAAGGAUGGAGAGAGGGAGAGGAGUGGAUCACGGAGUGGGCUGACCAUGCGUCCAGGGCCUAUAGCCAGAAACCCUCAUGAACUGUACUAUCUGAGAAUGCAGAGGAUGAGAGAGAAGACUGACAAGAUGGAGGAGAACAAAGCCACGAGGAAGCUGCGGGUGUGCGUGGCGACGUGUAACCGGGCGGACUACUCCAAGCUGGCGCCCAUCAUGUUUGGCAUCAAGGCCAACCCGGAUGAGUUUGAGCUAGAGGUGGUGGUGCUGGGAUCCCAUCUCAUUGAUGAUUAUGGCAACACGUUCCGGAUGAUCGAGCAGGAUGACUUUGACAUCGGCUCCAAGCUGCACACCAUCGUGCGUGGGGAGGACGAGGCAGCCAUGGUGGAGUCAGUGGGUCUGGCGCUGGUUAAGCUGCCAGAUGUUCUCCACCGCCUUCGCCCCGACAUUCUGGUCGUCCACGGCGACCGCUUCGAUGCCCUCGCCCUGGCAACGGCUGCCGCCCUGAUGAACAUUCGCAUCCUGCACCUGGAGGGAGGAGAGGUGAGUGGCACCAUCGACGACUCCAUCCGCCACGCCAUCUCCAAGCUGGCCCACUACCACGCCUGCUGCACCCGCACCGCCGAACAGCACCUCAUCGCCAUGUGUGAGGACCACACUCGCAUCCUGUUGGCCGGCUGCCCCUCCUACGACAAGCUGCUGGCCGCCCAUCACCGUGACGACUACAUGGACAUCAUCAGGAACUGGCUCGGAGACAAUGUGAAGGAGCACGACUACAUCGUGGCCCUGCAGCACCCGGUCACCACCGACAUCAAGAACUCCGUCAAGAUCUACGAGCUGAUGUUGGACGCCCUCAUCACCUUCAACAAGAAAACACUCGUCCUCUUCCCCAACAUAGACGCAGGAAGUAAGGAGAUGGUGCGCGUGAUGAGGAAAAAGGGCGUCGAGCAGCACCCUAACUUCCGGGCGGUGAAGCACGUGCCCUUCGAGCAGUUCAUCCAGCUGGUGUGUCACGCUGGGGCCAUGAUCGGCAACAGCAGCUGUGGCGUCAGAGAGGCGGGGGCCUUCGGGACCCCCGUCAUCAACCUGGGGUCCAGGCAGACUGGGAGAGAGACUGGUGAAAACGUCCUCCAUGUCCGAGACGCAGACACUCAGAAUAAGAUCUACCAUGCCCUGGAGCUGCAGUUUGGGAAGAGAUACCCCUGCUCGAAGAUCUACGGCGACGGGAACGCAGUGCCUCGCAUCCUGAAGUUCCUGCAGACCAUCGACCUUGAUGAGCCGCUGCAGAAGACCUUCUGCUUCCCCCCCGUCAAGGAGUGGGACAUCUCCCAGGACAUCGACCACAUCCUGGAGACUCAGAGCGCCCUAGCUGUCGACCUGGGGGGGACCAACCUCCGUGUGGCCAUCGUCAGCAUGAGGGGUAAGAUAGUGAAGAAGUACACCCAGGCGAACCCCAAAACUUACGAGACGAGGAUGGAGCUGAUACUGAAGAUGUGUACGGAGGCAGUCAUUGAUGCUGUUCAUCUCAACUGCCGGAUUCUGGGAGUGGGUGUGUCGACAGGGGGCAGAGUGAACCCACAGGAGGGUGUGAUCCUCCACUCCACCAAGCUGAUCCAGGAGUGGAGCUCCAUCGACAUCCGCACCCCCAUCUCUGACGCCCUCCACCUGCCCGUCUGGGUCGACAACGACGGCAACUGUGCCGCCCUGGCAGAGAAGAAGUUUGGCCACGGUAAAGGAGUGGAGAACUUUGUCACCGUCAUCACUGGAACAGGCAUCGGCGGGGGCAUCAUCCAGCACAACGAGCUGAUCCACGGCAGUACGUUCUGCGCGGCUGAGCUGGGCCACAUUAUGGUGUCUUUGGACGGGCCGGAGUGCAUGUGUGGCAGCCGUGGUUGCAUCGAGGCCUACGCAUCAGGCAUGGCCCUGCAGAAAGAAGCCAAGAGGCUCCAUGACGAGGAACUGCUGGAGGUGGAAGGGAUGGUGGAUCUGAAGAAGGCUGAGUCCGUCAGCGCCAUCCACCUCAUCAACGCAGCCCGCCUGGGCAACCGCAAGGCUGAAGCCGUCCUCAGAACAGCUGGCAUGGCCCUUGGAGUGGGCAUCGUCAACAUCCUCCACACGGUCAACCCCUCCCUGGUCAUCCUGUCGGGGGUGCUGGCCACCCACUACCAGGCUCCUGUCCAGCAGGUCAUAGGUCAGAGAGCCCUCACCUCCGCCCAGAGCAUCCAGGUCCUGACAUCCGACCUCGAAGAGCCCGCCUUGCUGGGGGCCGCUAGCAUGGUGCUGGACUACACAACCAGGCGCAUCUAUUAAGAACAUUACGGUGCUGGACUACACAACCAGGCGCAUCUAUUAAGAACAUUACGGUGCUGGACUACACAACCAGGCACAUCUAUUAAGAACAUUACGGUGGUGGACUACACAACCAGGCGCAUCUAUUAAGAACAUUGGUCAGUUGCCAAGUUCUAGUUUUCAUUUAAUUGGUCCCCAAAAGAGGAGGGCCAUAUCUUGCAAUUCCCUGGUGUAGAAAGAUGAACUUGCUAUUAGCAAAUAGAAAUGGCUAAGAUCUACAGAUAGAUCCGCCCAAUAGGACCUACAUCUAUACUACUAUCUGACAUGCUCUUCUAGCUAUCGCACCUUCUAUUGGACGAACCAUUGACGAUAAUUUAUUUCAGUCAGACAAUGACAAGUUAUGUGUAUUUUCCAAAGGUUUCUUCAGUGAUAGACUAACUAAUUUUCAAUGUCAACAUAUUGUCAUUUCUACAGCGGAUGAAAUGCCUAAUACAGUACUUAAAUGGUAGUACUAUUAACUACAGUACUAAAAUGGUAGUACUAUUAACUACAGUACUAAAAUAGUAGUACUGAAAUAGUAGUGUGUGUAUGUGUGUGUGUGUCUGAAUACAUAUAACAGCCUAUACAGUCACAGUACCAGUGAAUAGCUGGGUGUGUCCAGACAAAAGAUUUCAAAAGAUGUGACCAAAUAAGGAUCAUUCGCAUUCAUUUAUGCUUGUACUACAUGGCCAUAUUUUGACCCUCAUAAUUCCAUGGUUUUUGUUACUUCUUACUUCUAAACGUAGAAGAUGUUAUUUUUUGAAGCCACGCUAUGAAAGCAGCAUGUUGCUACGAUGUAUUAACAAUAUAUGUAUUUGUCUUACCGAGCUGUAAGAGCUUCGCGCCACUAUCUUAUUUUGAACCAGUUCUGCAACCCACGUGACUGACCCAAGGCCUACCUUCUCUAGGACCACAGUUACGACCUACCCUCAAAUGUAGUGCCAAGGCCAUGUAUGUCAUAGUUGUCUUGACUGUGGGCUUCAAUUGAAGGUGUGCUGCCAAAUCACUUGUCUUCAUUAUCAUUCUUUUUUUGUUUUAUGCACACCUUUUUUUGCCUUGUCAUAUUUCAAGAGAUUGCGGUGUACAAAUCAGUCAUGUGAUAAUCCCAUUUGUGUAUUCCUGCUUUUGAUCAUGUCAUGGAUAGAAGUUUUUUUAUUUUACUUCACCUGGGUACUUUGUGACCUAUCAAUGCAAUGGUCAUUUUACACAUUAAAAACACUAGAAAAUG